AUGGGAGAGACAUAUCUAUAUUUUGAAAGCAAUGAUCUCACGCAAUUACCUAAUACUUCGACACAGGACUAUAAUAAUCUACGGAGACUUCAUCUAGCUAAUAAUAAUCUAACUAACAUACAGAUUAAUCAAUUGCCCAAGAAUCUAGAAUAUCUGGACAUCCGAAAUAAUAACAUAACGUCCUUGGAUCCAAAUGUAGCCUCAUUUUUAUUGGAGCGAAAGGAUAACAUUUCUGUGGAACAAUCAGGAAUAUAUUGGAAAUGCAACUGCAACAAUACAAGUCUUUUGAAUUACCUCAAAUUGAAGGAAAAAGAGGAGGAUUAUGAUGAUUAUAUGUAUCAUGAAAUUAACAGUCGUGUUAAUUUUCACCAUAUUAAAGGACCUUGUCCAGAGUCCUGCACCUGCUGUGUCAAUGGAUAUGAAGAUCAAUUUAUAAUCAAUUGCACGAGUAAAGCUUUGGAAACAUUUCCCACUUUGCCGAAUAAAAUACUCGGAGAACCAUCACUUCUACUGGACAAUAACCUCAUCGAAACUCUUUCAACCUCCUCCCUAAGAAACUCCACUCUGAGAGAAUUGCACUUAAAGCACAACAGUCUCACCCACAUUCAUCUGGACCAACUCCCAUCCAAUCUCCGAGUCCUGGAUAUUCGGCAAAACAACUUUACAGGACUUGAUGAUGAUGUGACACAGUUCAUAUCAAAACUAAGCAAAGUUCAAUUGUCGGAAAACCCCUGGCAAUGCAGUUGUAAGUUCAUCCAAUUUCUUGCCCAUCUGAAAAAAGUAAAUUUUACAGAAUACCAAGCUGCUUUAAGGCGAUGCAGUGGACAGGAAUACUGCCCAGAACUGUGCAUCUGUUGUAAGGAAGAUGAGAGUCAGAGAUUCAUUAUCAACUGCAGUAAUCUGGGAUUACCCGAGAUGCCAGCUGAGCUACCCAUAACUGAGAAUGCGACCCUUCUGUUCGAAAAUAACAACCUACAGACUUUGGACAACUCCACCAAAAUCAUAGGCCUUAAUCAACUGAAAGAACUUCACCUGAGGUACAAUAAUCUUACAAAAAUAGAGGUUCUUCCAAAAAAUAUUCAAUUUCUCGACAUUCGAAACAAUUCUCUUACGAUACUGAAUGAAAGUGUAAGAGAGUUUCUAACACAAAAAUCGAAUAUGUCCAGUUUGACUAUCUUCAUAUCGGGCAACAAUUGGAUUUGUCAUUGUAAAGAAAUACGUUUCUUUCGAUUCACCAAGAACCUGGCAGAGAAUAUCAAGGACCUGUGUAAGACAGAAUGCCACGAUUCCAGAUUAUUUGUUUCCUUGGAGGAGAUAGAUCUAUGCCCUGAAAAAAUUCCGCGUUAUGUCAUCUACUUCACAUCGUUCAUAAUGCUGAGCUGUCUGUUGAGUUUCCUGCAAUGCUUUUGGAAAUCCAUUGUGAUGUGGCUAUACGAGAAGAGAUUGUUUCUGAAACUGACCACUCGUCUGGAGAAGGGCACAGAGACGAAGUACGACUGCUUUUUGGCCUACUGCCACAAGGAUUCUCAUUUGGUAAGUGAGUACGUGGAAAGAUUGGAACAUGGACGCAACCGACUUCGUCUCUGCUUCUACGAAAGAGAUUGGCUCGCUGGUGAACCAAUUCCAGACUGCAUUUGUCACUCUGUCGAGAAUUCCAAGUGCAUUGUCAUUUUAAUGACAAAGAAUUUCCUGAAGUCCGUCUGGGGUCGCCUGGAAUUUCGUUUGGCCCUUCAUGCCACCUCCAAGGAUCUGUACAAGCGACUCAUUGUCAUUAUCUAUCCGGGCGUGGAGAACUUUGAUGAACUCGAUGGCGAAUUAAACAGCUACUUGAAACUGAAUACCUAUUUGAUAAGGAAUGAUACCAAUUUCUGGAAUAAACUCAUUUAUACCUUGCCCCACAAGAUAAUAAAUGAGGACGAGGAUAUCGAGAUGAUCAAUAUUGAACAUUAA